GCUGGUCAGUCUAUUAGUGUUGCUGGUCAGUCUAUUAGUGUUGCUGGUCAGUCUAUUAGUGUUGCUGGUCAGUCUAUUAGUGUUGCUGGUCAGUCUAUAACUGUUGCUGGUCAGUCUAUUAGUGUUGCUGGUCUAUAAAUACAGCCAACACUGAACUUGAACUGUACAAUGUCAGCGGUGUGUGGGUGACGAAAUAGCUGCGAUCAUGGGCGAGAAUUACAGCGAGAUAUCACCUGACCCCAACAUAUUCCCAAGCCUGAUGGCGUUUCCGGGGGUCGCAUCCAACCACGGAACUCUGUACAAACUUCACGACAAAACUGGACUCGUCCAGACCGGGGGUGGCAGGUACGAGAGGCGGGGCUCUCGAGCUGGGCCAGCCCAUGUCAACUUUGCUUAUGAGACGGACAUGCCAGACCACAAGAGCUAUGACGUCAGUGACGCCGUUGAGUCGUUGGAGCGUGCUGACUCCGUGGAUGAUGAAGUCUUUAUCAAGAAUGACGUCAUAGCAGGAGACAUACGUCAGUCUACGAAUGGAUCUGAAAACCUGACCCACAGGAAAUCGUCUUUAAAACCCAACCGACGGAAAACAUGGGAUGUAUUCUACGCCAACCCCGGGGACGAGGUCAAGUCGACCUCCGAGGCGAAUUCUGGGAAGACGGCGCGAGUUGUCCUCAAGUUAGUCUUUCUCGUCGUCUGCUCCAUAGCGGUCCUGACCUUCGCGGUCUUUUCCCGCCUAACGCUGCUCAUCACAACGUUUUAUCUGCGUCCUAAGAACUCGAGCUGGGCAGACGACUCGUUUACCAUCGAUGCACGUGGUGUAAAACGUCUGCACAUAUUUUUAACAAGGACCCAUCCCAGCACUGAUGUUAGGUGGGUGUGGUCAGUGGUGCUUAUCAUCGUGGCGCCAUAUUGCUUCAUCUUCUGCGCAGCAGCCUGGAAAGUUAUUUUCAACGUGACAAAUAGGAUCUCAAAGGGAAUGCUGUUUGUUGCGCUGGUCAAAGAAAGUCUCCACUCCUUCGGCCUGUGUACCUUGGUCUUUUACGUCCUCCCCCACCACGAUCCGCUGGUGGGUAACUUGCUGUUGACCUGUGUUGUUGCUGUGCCAGCUGUACUAACCACCCUCACACCCCACACAGCUGCACCACCCCACACAGUGGAUAUAAAGAGGUAUGAGUUAAUAAGUGAAGGAAAAAUUGGACUCCAUUUGAAUUCUUGUGGAGGCUGCUGA